AUGCCGAAAACCACAGUCGACAGAAUCUCCAGAAACGUCAGCCCCAAGAACAAAGUUAUACAUAGAAGUAUUCACAGUAGAGAUAAACCAUAUAUAUGUAAGGAAUGUGGAAAGGCCUUUACUCAAUCCUCAGGCCUCAGGAUACAUAGAAGAAUUCACACUGGAGAGAAACCGUAUGUAUGUAAGGAAUGUGGGAAGACCUUUGCUGUAGCCUCAAGUCUUAGUGUACAUAAGAGAAUUCACACUGGAGAGAAACCUUGUAUAUGUAAGGAAUGUGGGAAGGCCUUUACUAGAGCCUCAAAACUUACUGUACAUAGAAGAAUUCACACUGGAGAGAAACCAUAUAUAUGUAAGGAAUGUGGGAAGGCCUUUGCUGAAUCGCAAGACUUGGUUGUACAUAGCAGAAUUCACACUGGAGAGAAACCGUAUAUAUGUAAGGAAUGUGGGAAGGCCUUUGCUACAUCCUCAAAACUUACUGUACAUAGGAGAAUUCACACUGGAGAGAAACUGUAUAUAUGUAAGGAAUGUGGGAAGUCCUUUGCUGAAUCCUCAAACUUUAGUGUACAGCGGAGAAUUCACACUGGAGAGAAACCGUAUAUAUGUAAGGAAUGUGGGAAGGCCUUUGCUGGAGCCUCAAGACUUCGUGAACGUAGGAAAAUUCACACUGGAGAGAAACCAUAUAUAUGUAAGGAAUGU